AUGCCUACAUCUAUGGAGAUGCAUCGCACCUACACUGCCGGGGACUCUCCUGAAACAGAUAUCCCUCAGCAAGGGUCGAAGAAUGGGGUUGAUCUAGUAGAAAGCACAGAGGCGGGUAUCCCUUCAACAUAUGCCGAUAUAGUGGCCUCGCGUAUCUCGACGGCACACCGCGAUUUCCUGAUGGAGCGUCACGGCACCUUGGAACUGGAUCCUAUCCCCAGCAUGGACCCUGCGGAUCCUUACAACUGGCCCUCUUGGAAGAAAAUCACCAAUCUUAUUCUAGUAGCCAUCCAUGCCUGUAUGGGCACGUUUGCAGCUGCCGGUAUCAUACCUGCUUACGAAACGAUUGCCGAAGAAUUCGGCGUCACCCUUCACCAGGUCACCUAUUUGACGUCUCUGCAAAUCGCUAUUCUGGGUGGUGCGCCUUUAUUCUGGAAGCCGCUUUCUAACCGAUACGGAAGACGCCCGAUUUUCCUGCUUUCCUUGAUCUGUAGUUUGGUCUGCAAUGUCGGGUGUGCCAAAUCGCCUGACUAUGCCUCAACUGCAGCCUGCAGAGCGUUGCAGGCGUUUUUCAUUUCACCAGCGUCAGCAAUCGGAAGUGGUGUUGUUAUGGAAACGUUUUUCAAGAAGGAUCGAGCAAAGUAUAUGGGUGUGUGGACGCUGCUCCUCACGCUUGGAAUCCCUCUGGGACCUUUUAUCUUCGGUUUCGUGACCUACCGGGCAAGCUAUAUUUGGAUCUAUUGGGUCCUAGCAAUUAUCAAUGGAGUCCAGUUUAUCCUGUAUCUCUUUUUCGGACCGGAAACCCGCUAUAUCGGCACCAACGAGGAUCCCAAAGAGCCUGCGUGGAAGAGAGAAUACCUCAAAGUUCGACGAAUUGAUCCUACCCCUCUCCACUGGUCUGAGUUCAUCAAACCACUGGGCCUGUGCUUCCGACCUUGUGUCAUCGUACCUGCUGCUGCAUACUCCAUGAUCUUCCUCCUCAGCAACGUCUUAGCCACAGUUGAAGUGCCACAGCUGCUGCAGGGGAAGUUCGGCCUCAAUGCGGAACAGCUGGGACUGCAAUUCUUAGGCCCUAUCAUUGGUUCACUCAUUGGAGAACAACUCGGUGGCCGCUUAUCCGAUCUUUGGAUGAACAUGCGGGCGAAACGAGUGCAGCGAAAACCAGAGCCAGAGUUCCGACUCUGGCUCAGCUACUUGGGCUACGCCUGUUCCAUUGUCGGCAUCAUCGUCUUCCUCGUCUGCACCGAGAAGGCCGAGGAUGGCAAGUGGAAUGUAGCUCCUAUUAUCGGCAUCGCCAUCGGAGCUGUUGGCAACCAGCUGGUAACAACCGUCCUUAUCACCUAUGCGGUAGACUGCCACCCCGAAGAUGCCUCGAGCGUCGGUGUUUGUAUCACGUUUGUCCGGCAGAUUUGGGGUUUUCUCGGACCGUUCUGGUUUCCGGGCAUGUUCGAAAACGUCGGUAUCGCUGCGAGCGCUGGUGUCUGCGUGGCGCUUAUGGUUGGAGCCAGUGUCCUGCCAACAAUUGCCCUGCAGUGGAAAGGACGCUCUCUUCGGCCAUCAAUGAAAGAGUAG